CAAAGCUAAUCACAGCAGCGGUCCCCUAUAAUUUUAUUGCCUGAUGUCAAUGUCAAUAGAAAAUAGAAGAAGUUUUAGGUUAGCUCGGAUUUAAAAAAAGUUAAUGCCGUAUAUUUAUUUGUUUAAACUAUGAUUUUCGCACAGAAUUGGUCUCGAGCGUUAUUGAAAAGAAAUAUUUUAAACUCAUGUCGCUAUCAACAUGGAUAUAUUAUUCUGGUUCCUGAAAUAGGAGAAGAUGUGGAUGGUAAAGAUUCUGCUUCCAAACAAACUUCAAAUUUACCGGAAUUUAACAAUGUUACCAUUGAAAAUUGUCGGGCAGCUAUUGCUAAACAGAGCCUGGAGUUUGAAGAGGGUGUAAAAAAUAUUGAAAAAGAGAUAGAAAGUAAUCCCAAAGGAGAUAUUUUUCAGCAAAUAUUUAAGCCUUUAGAAGUAGUAGGUGGACCUCUAGAUGUUACAUGGGGUGUAUCUAAGACUCUAUACUUAGGCAACAGUACGUUAAUGCCAACAUCAAGUUAUAUGGCCAUCCAUGAAAGGGCUAGAAAAGCUAGAGCUUCAAAGUAUAAUAGUAAAAGCAUUUAUAGUGCUGUUAAAACAGCUUUGAAUAUUAAGACUGAGAGGAGUAGUGAAGAAUCUAGAAUUUUACAAAAGUUUGCCACUGAAGGUCGGUUGAAUGGACUAGAGCUUGAUUCUACAAAAAAAGUUAUCUUGAGUGAGUAUUUAAACAAAUUAAAUAAGGAGAAAACUCUCUUUAGACAGAAGACAGAAGUAUCCACUAAGCGUUUUACACAAACAAUAUCGGAUCCAGAAAUUAUAAAAGAUAUACCAAAAUCUGUUCUUAAAUUACUAGCGAUUGACCCUAAUAACGCUGAUAAUGGACCUUGGAAGUUAAACCUCCAACCUUACAGUUAUAUGCCUGUAAUGGAAUAUUGCUCGGAACGGGAUAUACGAUGGAAUCUAUGGCAGGCUUUAGUUAGUAGAGGUAGUAAAAUGGGAGAUAGUGAAUUGUCAACUAGUUUACAUAUAGAAGAAAUUCGUAUGCUUAGAAGAGAUGUAGCUGGCAUACUUGGAUUUGAAACAUUUGCCGACAUGUCCCUGCAAACGAAAAUGGUCAAAAAUACUGCAGAAAUUAAAAAUAUUUUACUGAGCUUAUUGGAAGUUGCGAAAAGUGCCCAAGAUGCAGAAGUUAAACAGUUGUACGAUUUUGCAGUAGAGAAUGGAUUUGAGGAUGAUAAACUUGAAUUGUGGGAUGUACCUUAUUGGAAAAGGAAGCAACAACAAUCUUUAUAUGCGUAUAGUGAAAAUGAUUUUAAACAAUAUUUUCCGUUAAAGACUGUUUUAAGUGGCUUAUUUAGAUUGUGUGAAAAACUAUUUGAUAUUCACAUUAAAGAAAGGAGUGGAGCUACUGUAUGGCAUAAAGAUGUAAAGUUCUAUGAUAUAUUUGAAAAACACAGUAGUGCUCCAGUUGCAGGUUUUUAUUUUGAUCCUUACGCGAGAGAUCAACAGAAACUAAAAAUCGAGAAUACUGGUUGGAUGGUUGCUAUCCAAAAUAAGAGCACUCUUACUGAUAGGAUACCAUUAGCUUCUCUUAUAUUUAAUUUUGACCCUUGUACAGGAAGUAAGGAUUCAUUCCUGAAUUUUAAAGAAGUUAAGUCACUGUUUCAUAAAUUCGGUAAUAAUCUACAACAUCUACUCACACGGACAAACUACUCUGAGGUCGCAGGUUUAUCAAAUGUUGAGUGGGAUGCAGUUGAAGUAUGUGGAUAUGUAUUAAGUCAUUGGCUAAACAAUAAAUCUGUAAUAGACAGUAUAACCUCCCAUUGUGAAACAGGUGAGAAACUACCAGAAGAUAUGUACAAAUCGUUAGUUCAUACAGAUAAACAUAUGGCAGGAUUAGACCUAUGCAGAGACCUAUACUUAGCUUCCUUAGAUUUAGAAUUACAUACCUCAAAAGAGUUCUGGCUGGAUAUUGUCAAAAUGUUGUGGCCAGAACAUAGGAAUUUUACUUUGCACAAAAUAGAUGUCCAUCUAUGUUCGUUUACACAGAUAUUCAGUGAAGAAUGGGCUGCAGCAUAUUACUAUCAUAUUUGGUCGAGAAUGAUAGCCGCUGAUAUUUAUAGUGCAUUUUAUGAAGUUAGGAGUGAUGAAGAACAAACAAAAGAAGUGGGUAGAAGAUUUCGAAAUUUGUUUUUAGCUUUAGGUGGAAGUGUUGAUCCAGGACAGAUUUUUAGAGAAUUUCGUGGACGUGACCCUUCUCCAAAAGCAUUGUUAAGUUCGUUAGGUUUAAAAAAAUAAAUGUUUUUUAUUGUAAAUAAAACUGUUAUAUAAGUAAA